CCCAGACCCCUGGUAAACACGCCCCCCUUCACCCCGCCCGGAGCCUCCCCAGCUCCGGGAGGGGCAGCGCUGGGGGCCCGAGGGGAACUCUGAAGAAAGCCAACUGCUGGGCGCUUCCAGGCUCCGGCCCGCGCUACCCACAACAUUCACCACCGCCCCCCGCCCCCGGCAACCGGGCGGCUGCGGGCGCGGGGGGUCCCUUAGUCCCGUGGGGGACCCCCGCGCCCGCUCUCAGCGCCGCCCCCACCCGUGAUCUGGCCCUGCCUGUAGCACUCAGGCUCUUCCUGCGCCCCGACUCCAAGUGGGAGAUCAGAGACUUCUAUUCCCAAAUGAUGAUUUUAGAAUCCCCUGAUGGAGACCAACUGUGAAUUCAGCAAGUACUUUCAGUCCUCCCCUCCCCUCCUCCCUCACCCCCAAGCCUCCCCCCUUACUGUCCUCCCCCACCUCCAGUUGACCAUGGCAUCAGAAGCAGAAAGAGCGUUCCAGCGGUUUGCUGUCUUUGGAGAAUCCUCAAGCAGUGGCGCUGAAAUGAACAACAAGAACUUCUCCAAGCUGUGCAAAGACUGCGGCAUCAUGGAUGGCAAGACGGUCACCUCCACUGACGUGGACAUCGUUUUCAGCAAAGUCAAGGCCAAGAAUGCCCGAACCAUCACAUUCCAACAGUUCCAGGAAGCAAUGAAGGAACUGGGCCAGAAGCGAUUCAAGGGGAAAAGCCCGGAUGAAGCCCUGGAGAACAUUUAUAAGCUCAUGGAGGGCAAGGACCCAGCUACCACUGGUGUUACUAAAGCGACAACAGUGGGCGGGGUGAGCCGGCUGACGGAUACCAGCAAGUACACGGGCACCCACAAGGAGCGCUUUGACGAGAGCGGCAAGGGGAAAGGCAUCGCUGGACGGGAAGACGUGACUGACAACUCAGGCUAUGUGAGUGGCUACAAGGGUGCUGGCACGUAUGAUAAGAAGGGCAGCAACUAGGGAGCAGCCUCAUCUUCGCCUGUUGGCCCUUGACCCUGCAUGUUGAACACCAGGGAGCUUGGGGUGGGGGGACAAUAAACAUCUGUGUGUGCAGCAAGCA